CGCUGGUAAAACGACUUUUCGACGCAGCAUGGUUCUCAUCUUCUCGGUUUCACUUUUCUUUGAGUGCCUGUGUGAGAGACGGUCGUCGCAACAAGAAUCUCCUCCGCUCACGCCUUUCCUCACAGUCCUGUUUUCCCUCCAGCUGUCACACAUCCCGCUCGUUCCGCUGCAUCUCCUCACAUUUCUUGCAGUCAGAUGUCUUCCUAUGGAGCCGCUCUGCGCAUACACACUUUCGGUGAAUCUCACGGCUCAGCCGUUGGGUGUAUAAUCGACGGGCUGCCUCCUCGCCUCCCUCUUUCUGUCGAAGAUGUUCAGCCUCAAUUAAAUCGCAGAAGACCCGGCCAAGGGCCUCUCUCGACGCAGCGGAGAGAGAAAGAUCGAGUCAACAUACUCUCCGGUGUUGAAGACGGAUAUACACUCGGUACUCCCCUGGCGAUGCUCGUCUGGAAUGAAGACCGGCGGCCCCAGGACUACCACGCCCUCGCGACAGUCCCGCGUCCAGGUCACGGGGAUUUCACCUACCAUGCAAAGUACCACAUUCACGCGAAAAGCGGGGGCGGUCGGAGCAGCGCGCGGGAGACUUUGGCGCGCGUCGCCGCUGGAGCAGUCGUUGAGAAGUGGCUAGGCAUGCACUACGGCACCAGCUUCACAGCUUGGGUGUGUCAGGUUGGUGAUGUCUCUGUGCCCCGAUCGCUCCGAAGAAAGUGGGAGCGGCAGCCGCCAACUCGCCAAGACGUCGAUCGCCUUGGCGUGGUCCGCGUGAGCCCAGAUGGAACCACAUUUCUCGACGCGAACAACCGCCUUUACGACGAGCGAGGAGAGGAACUCGUCGAGGAGGAAGACAAAGCCAGGCGUCGGCUUCUUUUCGGAGUCGACAACCCGACGCCAGGAGAAACAGUGAUUGAGACCAGGUGCCCGUGCCCCUCCACAGCUGUUCGCAUGGCUGUGAAAAUCAACCAGACCCGAUCUCUGGGCGAUUCGAUUGGCGGAUGCAUCUCCGGUGCAAUCGUGCGGCCACCGCUGGGCCUCGGCGAGCCGUGUUUCGACAAAGUGGAGGCGGAGCUGGCGAAGGCGAUGAUGUCGCUCCCUGCUACGAAAGGGUUUGAGAUUGGCCAGGGCUUUGCGAGUGUCACGUUGCGAGGCAGCGAGCACAACGACCGCUUCAUUCCCUUCGAGAGAGCGUCGUGUUCAUUCUCGGAAUCAGCCGCGAGCACGAGCAAGCAUGAAAGAGAUGGGUGUUCAGCUGCUACACUCUCACGGGAGCGAGCGAGUGACGGUAGAACAACUUCUCGACAUGAAGAGGAGGUGGAAAGGGGGCGGGAGCGCAUACAGCGCGAUACCCUCCAUGUUACUGGUGUAGAUCAGCAAAACGGCAACUCCGAAGAUUCAGUUCGAUACACUUCCAAAUCAGAGGCGUCCAUCACAAGGCUGUCGGGAAAUGCUGCCUCUGGAGGUGCUCCAGUCUGCCGCAUUCCACUAGGCGAGGGAGUACGGAUCAGGUGUGGAAGCAACAACGCUGGUGGAACGCUCGCAGGCAUUACAUCAGGAGAGAACAUUUUUUUUCGGGUGGCCUUCAAGCCUGUUUCUUCCAUCGGCUUGGAACAAGAAACUGCAGACUUCGCUGGUGAAAUGAACCAGCUAGCUGUGAAAGGCCGCCACGAUCCCUGCGUCCUUCCGCGAGCCCCUCCUCUGGUUGAGAGCAUGGCUGCCCUUGUGAUUGGCGAUCUGUGCCUCCGCCAGCGCGCCCGGGAAGGGCCGCACCCCCUUCUCGUCCUUCCUCAACACAGUGGUUGCCCAUCUUGCUGAGCUCUACCUUGUUCCAAAACCUUGUGCAUACGGGGUACACCAGGUUCCUCACAAGGAGAAUCGUGAGGCGGUGACUGGCCAGCGCCACAGAUUGCUGUUCAUGCACAAGAAAGAAAACAGCGCAUUUCCGCCACAACCCAGCUGCAUGAAGUUGCUGGAUAUCGUUCCGGCGGUGCUCGGCCUUCUUCUCUACGCUCGCGAUGAUACGUCGCGAGCUUCAUCAAGCUCCUUUUGCAUUGUUAGUGGCUCCCAACAGAACCCUUUGUGGAAGGGAAUCUGGUCUCACGCUUGCAGGAGAGAGUUCGCCUUUGUUCACGAAAUAACGAAGCCAAGCAGCUCAGUUGCAUUCAGCCUGCACACUAAACACGGGCGAAAUCGUCGCGUGAUAUGUAGUUCUUCGGUUGUCACGGUGAUUGUCGUCGUGUUUGAACAACUAAACGUUUCUAAUGCUGGAUCUUAUACACGCUGUCACAGCUUCCACUCAACGACGACCCUUUGCUCGACAGACUCAAUGACAUCGGCCGCCUGCCAGUUGUCCCUGUGCAUCUGGCGUCGGCAGUCAUGUUUUCUGGUCAUUUCUGCAUGUCCUAUGCGUUGCCUCCGUACAACAACAGAACACGCGGCACCGACAUUGCUGAUGAAGCUGCCUCGUGUCACGGGCUGAUGAAGCUGUUUCGUGUGGGUCACGCGCUGAUGGCACUGAACGUGACUUUGAACAGCCUGGUGACACAAGGAUGCACGCCUCCUCUGCCCAGAGCUGUGACAAUCCACGCGAGACGCCAGCGUCGUUCGCCACCAUACCGCACUCCUAAAACUCUGUCCAUACCUCGGCUGUAGCAGUGGCGUCACUAUGUGCACGGUUGCUGGCCCACUGCCGAAGCGGACGGGUAAUGAGGCAGCAUUUAUGUUUCGCAUUCUUUCUUGGGGAUGGCGGCUCCACCUGAAGUACAAUAAUGCCUUUUGUUUGUUGCCGGUAUCAGGCGUGUUGUUAAGCAACGCUGCUGCCUCUCUCUCGAACAAGGCUGUGUAGCAGCUGCGAUCUAAACCCUCCUGGGGGAGGCAGUGACAUCGGAACUGUCUCCACCGAAUACUGUGAAUGCGUCGCAUCACGAGCAGUGGCACAC